AUGGGGAAGGAUGGACUGUCAUUUCAGACCAGCAAAAGGUUAUGGCCUCAAAUUGAGCAUAGACAAUGUGCUCGACACAUCUUCUCAAAUUGGAGGAAAAAACACAAGGGAAAGGAGUUGGAAAAACAAUUUUGGAAGUGUGUGAAGGCUACCAGCAUUGGUGAGUAUGAGACUCACAUUGCUAAGCUUAAAGCAAUGUCUGAACAAGCACACAUUGAUUUUGAAAAAAGGAACACUGACACUUUUUGCAAGUCCAAAUUCAAAACUCAUUCCUGUUGUGAUGUGGUGGAUAAUAAUAUGGCUGAAACCUUUAACAGUUUCAUAUUGCUAGCUAGGUAUAAGCCCAUAGUUAGUAUGCUUGAGGAUAUUAGACUAGCUUUGAUGGAAAGGAUGAAGAAUAAGAAGAAAUUGGUUAAUGGCUUUGUUGCUGGCAUUGCACCUAGGAUUAGCCACAGGUUAGAAGAGUCAUAUGCAGAGCAGAGGAACUGCGAAUGUAGAUGGAACGGGGAGGACUCACAAACCGGCUUUGAGGUUAUACAUUAUGGGAUUAGCCAUGCGGUUGACCUUAGAAAGAGGACUUGUAGUUGCAGAUCAUGGGACCUAACAGGUGUGCCUUGUGCACAUGCUAUGAGUGCUAUUCUAUAUAUGAGGCAUCAGCCAGAGAACUAUAUUGCACAUUGGUACACAAGGACCGCAUAUGAGAAGACAUAUCAUCAAAUGCUACAACCAGUUCCUGGAAGCACAUUUUGGGAUCAUGAGGGUGAAGGCUUGGUUCUACCCCCAGAUUUGGUGAGUAAGGGCCCAGGAAAAAAGAAGACAGCUAGAAGAAAGGAUGCAGAUGAGCCUACUAAGGGCAAGAUAAAAUACAAUAGAAAAGGAAUUCAAACAAGAUGUUCAAAUUGUGGUGUACUUGGACAUUCAAAGAAGACAUGUAAAUCGUCCCCGCAACAACAGAACACAAAGAAGCAUCAACUUGGGCAAGAGGAAGGAAAAAGGGUAGCAAAAACAGGGUAG